UUGGGGGGCUGUAAUGGAUGUAGCCUUGUGCUAGUGCCCAGUUUCAGCCAGACACCAGAGGAUCAAAUUUGGAUCCAGCAGUUCCUUCCAAAGACAUUUGCCCUUGGAAAAGGAGAUGUGACCCCAGGGAGUGGAGGAGGGGAGAGGAGAUGUGGAAACUGAGCUACAGAAUCUUAGAGCUGGAUGGAACCCUGGAACACUCCUACUUCAGGCCCCUUGGGCCACAGAGAAGGAAACCGGGAGGGGAGGGCUCCCCGCUAGGCCCCCGCAGCGCCCCCUUCUUCUCAACCCGGUCACGGGUCCCUCAGUGAGCGAGAGGCUCCCGAGCCGCCUCCCCGGCCAUGGCCAACGGAGUGAUCCCGCCGCCCGGGGGCGCCUCCCCCCUACCCCAGGUCCGGGUGCCCUUGGAGGAGCCCCCUCUGAGUCCAGACCUGGAGGAGGAGGACGAUGACUUGGGCAAGACCUUGGCUGUGAGCAGGUUUGGGGACCUCAUCAGCAAGCUUCCGGCCUGGGACCCUGAGAAGCCCAGCCGCAGCUACAGCGAGCGGGACUUUGAGUUUCACCGGCACACAUCCCACCACACCCACCACCCGCUCUCGGCGCGCCUGCCUCCACCCCACAAGCUGCGGCGACUGCCCCCCACCUCUGCCCGGCAGACCAGGAGGAAGAGGAAGAAGGAGAAAACCUCGGCUCCCCCCUCAGAGGAGACCCCUCCCAUCCAGGAGGAGGGGGGAGCCGGAGUGGAGGAGGAGGAGGAGGAAGAGGAGGAGGAAGAGGAAGGGGAAUCCGAGGCAGAACCUGUGGAGCCCCCGCCCUCAGAGUCCCCACAGAAAGCAAAGUUCUCCAUUGGAAGUGAUGAGGAUGACAGUCCUGGCCUCUCUGGGAGGGCUGCCUUCAGCAAGCCCCUGCCCUCCGUGGGCCCUUGCCCUGACAAGAGCCCCCAGCAGUCAGUCAGCUCCUCAAGCCCCCGGGCCCGGGUCUCCCGAGUCGCUGGGGAGAAGAGCCGGCCCUGGAGCCCGUCGGCCAGCUAUGACCUGCGGGAACGGCUGUGCCCAGGCAGUGCCCUGGGUACCCCAGGUGGCCCGGAGCAGCAGGUGCCCACUGACGAGGCGGAGGCCCAGAUGCUGGGCUCCGCGGACCUGGACGACAUGAAGAGUCACCGGCUGGAGGACAACCCUGGGAUGCGGCGGCACCUUGUGAAGAAGCCGUCUCGGACACAGGCUGGGAGGGGCAGCCCUGGGGGCUUGGCCCCCAUCCUGCGCAGGAAGAAAAAGAAGAAGAAGCUGGAUCGGAGGCCUCAUGAGGUGUUUGUGGAGCUGAACGAGCUGACACUGGACCGUAGCCAGGAACCCCACUGGCGGGAGACAGCACGCUGGAUCAAGUUUGAGGAGGAUGUGGAGGAAGAGACAGAGCGCUGGGGGAAGCCCCAUGUGGCCUCGCUCUCCUUCCGCAGCCUUCUGGAGCUCAGGAGGACCAUCGCCCAUGGAGCUGCCCUCCUGGACCUGGAGCAGACCACUCUGCCGGGGAUCGCCCAUCUCGUGGUGGAGACCAUGAUCGUGUCUGACCAGAUCCGUCCGGAGGACAGGGCCAGCGUCCUGCGCACCCUCCUGCUGAAACACAGCCAUCCCAAUGAUGACAAGGACAGUGGCUUCUUUCCCCGAAACCCAUCCAGCUCCAGUGUGAACUCGGUCCUGGGGAAUCAUCACCCCACCCCCAGCCACGGUCCUGACGGCGCAGUGCCCACUGUGGCUGAUGACGUGGGGGAGCCAGCCCCACUCUGGCCUCAUGACCCUGAUGCCAAGGAGAAGCCUCUCCACAUGCCUGGGGGAGACAGUCACCGGGGAAAGAGUCUGAAGCUGCUGGAGAAGAUCCCCGAAGAUGCUGAGGCUACUGUUGUGCUCGUGGGCUGUGUGCCUUUCCUGGAGCAGCCUGCAGCAGCUUUUGUGCGCCUGAACGACGCUGUGCUCUUGGAGUCUGUGCUCGAGGUCCCUGUGCCCGUUCGCUUCCUCUUUGUGAUGCUGGGUCCCAGCCACACCAGCACUGACUAUCAUGAGCUUGGGCGCUCCAUUGCCACCCUCAUGUCUGACAAGCUGUUUCAUGAGGCUGCCUACCAGGCGGACGACCGGCAGGACCUCCUGAGCGCCAUCAGUGAGUUCUUGGAUGGCAGCAUCGUGAUCCCUCCAUCUGAGGUGGAGGGCCGUGACCUGCUGCGCUCCGUGGCCACCUUCCAGAGGGAGCUGCUGAGGAAGCGGCGGGAGCGUGAACAGACUAAAGUGGAGAUGACCACCCAGGGAAGCUAUGUGGCCCCCGGGAAAGAGCUGUCGGUGGAGCUGGGGGGCUCCGAGGCAACCCCCGAAGAUGACCCCUUGCUGCGGACUGGCUCAGUGUUUGGGGGGCUGGUGCGAGAUGUGAAGCGUCGGUACCCACACUACCCCAGUGACCUGCGAGACGCCCUGCACUCCCAGUGCGUGGCAGCCGUGCUCUUCAUCUACUUCGCCGCCCUCAGCCCUGCCAUCACCUUCGGGGGGCUGCUAGGUGAGCGGGAAGGGAGGCCGGGGCGGGGGACCCAGGGGCACCUGCAAGGUGAAUGGGGAGUUCCCAUCCUGGAACUUUGGGAGUAUGCCUGUUGCCUGCUAGAGCACCUGACCUGGGACCUGGAAGAGGGGAUACCCCGGCUACAGAGGCAGGCGUUCGCAGGAGGAAAAUGA